GUGCACUGUGAUUUUCCAACUCUCUUUGCUUCGCUCGGCAGGAAUGGCAUCGAGAGAGAAUUCGACGGCCACGGUUCCGAGUUUUGUACCUAGCUGUGUCUUGGUCUCGUCGUGGAUUACUCAAAAUCCGUUUGUCAGACCUUUAAAGCCGAAUCUUUUAUUUCAAAAUAGUGUGAUACGUGAGCUCCGCUGCUCAUUCACUUCGACUGCUGAAAAAUGCUUGAGGUUCCUUCAUUUGUUUGCCUCUGAAAAUCCUGUUCUCAAGAGAAUAAUCUCUUUCUCUUGCGAUUUUAGUCGCCAUCUCACCCAGGCAAAUCUCUGUCUCCCUGUAUUUAUCUAUAUACCUAAUUUACUUGUCCGAGCAUAUUUGUAUGCGUGUGUGGAUUUGAAGGGGACAUCCGGAGUACAUGACGCUAAUAAAACUAGCGUCCCACGGUUGCGUGCAAUGCGUGCAGCUUUUCUUGCAGGUGGUUGCAGUAUUUCUUUAGAACCAAAAAAUGCCUUUUCCAGUACUGCUGCCGCACUUCCUGCUGAACUUCCGAAAACAGAAGCUUCUCAAGGAAGUUGUACUCCGAAUACAAGAUUCACUAAUUUCACUACAUCACAGAAGAAAUGGAUGAGAAGGCUCUAUGGGAACAAGCCACAGAGCACCACUGGUUCCAAUUAGGCUAUUAUCAUGAUAGUCUUCUAGGUAUACCCUUCGUGUAUUUUUUUUCUUUUUUUCAGCAUCUGAAUACUGGAUAGUCUCCUUCCGGCUAAUAAUUGACUUAAGCUUGCUGAAUUAUAGAAAUUCUUUUUGCUAUUAUUAAUAUUAGUUAUAUAUUCUUUUCGUGGAUAAGGCAUGUUGAUAACAUUCAUGUAAAUGAGCAGUGAGCUAUUGUAUUGAUACAUAAAUUAUUGUA